AUGGCUCCUGAGUUUCAAGAUUGUGCUUCAGAAGCCAUGUCUGUGCAUGCAGGAGCCGAGUCGCUUGAUCUUGAGCACGGCGGGACAAGAUUAGUUCAAGUCAUUCAUGAGUCUGUAAGGGACUUUUUCUUGCACUACAACGGAUUCAUGAUGCUUGAUCCUGAAGGCGGGCUUUCUGCCAGUCAUACUGUCGCGGAUGGCCAUCUCUCAAUCAUCACGACCUGCCUCGACUAUAUAAAUAUUCGGGACAUGGAUGCAUUAGUGGAAAUACGCACUCGAGUGAAUAUGCGAACUUCUCAGGACGUGCUUGUUGUGCAGUCUUUCUCUGGCAGUGACUUAUUUGACUUUGAGCCGGGGCUAGAUAUGUUGAAGAGAGGUCUCAAGAGAUCAACCAGUGUUUCUAGCUUUGAUUCUGCCAGCAGUCCUAAUAGAUGCGAAUUCUGGCUACAAAUAUCAAAGAAGAUCAAGAAAUAUCAGUCGCCCAAUAAAUUUAAUACAUUGCCGUCACACGAGAAGCAAUCUCUUGAAAAGCCACGGUUAGAAGAAUCACAAGGUUCUGGUAGAACUUCUAAACCACAUGCUAACGUUAAUGCACGAAACUUCGAGGGGUGGCCAGUUCUGCACCAAGCUCCCCAAAAUCAUGACAGUAUCGCCAUGGAAUUUCUUUUAUAG